UCUUUUUGGAAAUUUUUUUUUUUCUUCUUCUCACUUUUUUGAAGUUCUUUAUUAUUAUUAUUAUUAUUAUUAUUUUGUUUUUUUUCUUUAUAUAAAAUUUCUUUGAAUUUUUCUUUAUAGGAUGGAUAUUCCCCCCGUUACGACUACAACAGAGCAAAAAUCUUAAUGCGGGUAAAAAAUGCUCAGGAAAAAAAGAAUCAAGGAGUUUUCUCACUUUUUGCCUCAGUUAAAUAUUGAACCUUCCCAACAACCAUCUUUAGUUUCGGAUGUUCUUGAAGAAAUAUUUUCUUUGGUUGUAGAAAUAGAUACUCAUUCAUCAGUUUUUUAUUAUUAUGAUCAUGAUGCUUUAAAAAAUUUAUACGCUUGCGCUUUAGUAAAUCGUCAAUGGUGUACAAGCGCAGUAAGAAUUUUAUGGAGAAGACCUUUUGGACCUUUUCAUAAUGGAGGUCAUAAAUUAAUUACAACUUAUUUAAGAGGAUUAGAUGUUGAAGAAAGAAGAGAUUUAAAACUUAAAAGAAUAAAAUUACCUACAGUUUCUCCUAUACCGAUGUUUAAUUAUCCUUCUUUCAUACGUCAUCUUGAUUAUGGUGAAAUGUUAUUUGCUGUAGAAUCUUGGUGUGCAACUUUACCAAAAAGAAGACCAAAUAGUGUUUUAUCUGUUAUGAGAGUAUUAUUAAGAUUAUUUUUACAUAAUUCUGGUCCUUUAUCAUCAUUAAAACUUUCAUCUCUUGGAGAAGAUUAUCAUGAUGAAAAAGUAAUGAUUUUAGCUGAACCUGAAAUUAGAGGUUUAAUUACAUCAGUUAGAACCCUUUCUCUUGAUGGAUUUGAUUAUAAUCAACACGGUUUAUUAGUUAGAUUACCAGAUUUAUGUAAAAAUGUAGAAUAUUUACAACUUCGUGGUUGGUAUGGAAAUCAACAAAACGAAGAUACAACUACAACAACAACAACAACAAAUACAACAACAACGAUAAAUUCAACAACAACAACUAACAAUAAUAUUACAACUACAACAUUACAAAAAGAUGCUGCUGCAAUAUCUUUACGUCGUUUAAUAAAAGCACAAAAAUCUUUAUUAUCUUUAGAUAUGAUUGAUUGUAAAGCGUACCUUGGUCAUAUAAUAUCAGCUUUAGAUACGCAAUCAAUCUCUUUAAGAAAAGUGAAAUUUCGUUUGGUUGAUUUUAAAGAUUGUGGACCAUGGGAUGGUUUGGCAACUUGUCAUAGGUUAACGAAUUUAGAAUUUUGGUUAUGUAAAGGAAUAACUCAAAAAAUGUUUAACCCUUUAAUCAAUGCCACUUUCCCCGAAUUGGAUGAAGUUAAAAUGUUACAAUAUGGAAAAGGUUGUGAAGAAUUUAAAAUUUGGAUAAAUAAUAUGAAUGGGACCACUAUUAAAGAAGAUAAUUUAGAAGAUUCAGAUGAUGAUUCUGAUUCAUAAACAUUUUAUUUUUUUGGACUCAUGGUAUAUAAAAAAUUAAUGAUAAUAUAUAAUAAAAAAAAAAAAAAU